AAUUUAUGGCGUCCGGGCAUUCGACCUUGACGAAUACAAAAGUUUCGGUGCUCAGCUGUGUUUUGAUACUUUUUUACCUUAAAGAUGUUUUUAAAAUAAAAAUGAGAUAGAUUUCAAAGUGCUGACAGAUCUUUAUUGAAAAGUUUCAUUUGAGAGGUUUUUUAUCCAGUUGUAGUUCGUCUUGCCAUUUUAUAGGUUAUGCGUCUAUUUGCAAUAACGACGCUUAUUCGCACAUUUUCAAACGGAAGUUGAGAUAAAAUUAUUAUCUGGGAUAAAAAUAACUACGUCGCAUUUGUAUAUUCUAAUCAGAAUGGCGAAGACGAAAACAAUUAGCAAAGGUUGUCCGAAAUGUGAGCAGCAGGUCCCUGUUGCUUGCAAGGCAUGUCCCUGUGGGCACUCGUUUUUCAACGCUCGUCGCAAUUCCAUUAAGAGUCCACCUAGUCCAGAUGGUGGUACAAUGAAGACGAGAAGAACCAACCGUAUUAAGCGUGAAAAGCCAAAUUAUUAUGAUGCAUUAGAGUACGACAAGCAGACGAGAAAAAGUGCGAAGCUUAGGAGGGGAGUUGAGUCAAGUACAGAUAUUGACUGUAGGCAAUUGAAUAAGAAGAAGAAGAGGAAAGGAAAGGGCAAAGGAAAAGGUGGAGGGAGCAGUGGAGGGGGUGAUGAUGAUGAUGAAAUGGAGGGUGUGAGUGGAUUGUCACUAGAAAAACAGCUCACCUGCUCCCUUAUUUUGCAAGAACUGAAUAACAAAAUGCAAAUCGUCGCUUGGAAGCCGACGUGAGUAGAUUAAGAUGGCCAAGGGAAAAUUUGCAAAAACAUGUUAAUUAUAAGAUGCAGUUCAGAAUGUUGUAACUGCCAACCAAAUAUUCAGGGUGCAAUUGUAAAGCUUGUAGGCUUUAUUCCGGGAUAUGUAUGACUUGUGAUAGAUAUUUAACUUGUAUCAAAUGCAUGUUUAUUAGUAUUAAGUAGAUAUAAGUGUAUAUACAAAUUCAGGCCAAUAUUUCUAAUUACAUACUCCGAUUCUUAUACUUUUUUUUUACAAUCUCGCUAUUACAAAAUAUGAAUGGUCGAAUCUAACCAGUUAAGAUAGGGUACUAUGAUUUUUAUCUUGUUCGUUCUAACUGGAUCGAUUUAAAUUAAGUAAGCUGGUACAAAAUUUCGAUCAAAAAUCUUGACUAUUACAUUUGAAAAGUCAUGGGACUGAUUUUUCUUACUUAAAACGAUAUAAACCCAGUUUGUGUUAUAAUGAUUCAAUACAAUUGUAUCAAAUUCUUUCUCCUUUUUUCAUUUAUAUUUCCUGAAGAAGCCUAAAUUAUUACUUUGAUGUGCAUAAUAUCGAAACGGUAACUUAUUUAAUUAACUUUUAAAGAAUUAUUUAACUUGUGCCGAAGUGCUGACCACAAAAAAGAAGUUAACAUAAAUCUAAAGAUUAAUUGUUUACUGAUUUUUGUACGGUUCGGCUCUUACAAACUGCAAGGUAUCAUCGGAAAACUUUAAUCGCGAAUCAUCCCUUUACCUGAAUAACUGGACCAUUUAAUGAUUCUAUUCCUCUCGCUAUGGCUAGAUCCAAUAUAAAAGUAUCAAAAUUUGAAUCAUUAACUAACGUGGUAUACAGAUUUAAACAUUAUGGUAAUUAAAGAAAUAGUGAAAUUAUAUUACCUUAGGUUAUUACGUAGAAAUUUAUAGAUUAAAAUCGAAAAAAACCAAUCAUUAUAUUUUAUUAAAAUUUUUUAGAAUUUAAUUUCAACUUGGACUCGUAAAGGAGUCCAAGAGAUUGCCUAAAAGGUGCCAGAUAGUUUUCCAGUUAAACUAACAAACCAUGUUCGUCACGUACGAACUAAUCAAAAUCUAUUUUGAUUUCAUAAACUCUCCUGAAAAUAAAGUGCUGCCUAGAAUUUCGUGCACGCUGGGGGAGGCUUCCCCAAAACUGAAGGAAGGGCUAGAGACUCGUCUUACCUGUUUUAUUUUUAUUGUUGGUUGGUACCCUUACACUUGACUGAGAGUCGUUAUAUUCGCCACAUGGAUCAAGGAGCUCUAACUCAUUGAGCAGUUCCUCGUCUUGUUUUCCUUCAGAGACUUAAGUGCACGGAACUUAGUUGCUGUCUGCUAACUAUACAAAGAAUUUCGUGAAGGGGGUUGUACCAAAAUAAUGUUGUAAGAAAAUUUUCCCGAACUCUGAUUUUAUUUUAAAACACAAGACAUAACAAGAUGCCAUAAUACAUAAGAAUAGAAACUGUAAGGGGACAGGCCAGAAAGAAGGAAAGUGGCCUGGGUUUGUAAUUAAAUCCUUUUGUAUUUUCACAAGCGGGCGAAAACCUUAUAAUUUCGUGGGGGUUUUUAAUCCACUCUAGUCUUUUAUUUUGAUUUUGUGGCACUGAGUUUAAUUUUUUUUCGUCCAGUUUGUGAACCCUACUGAUCGACCAUUCGAUUAAUUAAUGCGGCUCGUUCCCGUAUACCGACAACAAUUAAACGCAGAAUAUUCAUUCCACUCGUAAAAAAUUGUAUAAUUAAAAAGAUUUCAUGUCAUAAUUGUGUUUUGAAGGGCGAGCCUAUACCCCACUCAAGGUAUGGCCCUCGUCACAAACGUUGCCAUUUUUAUAAGAAUAAAAUUUACCGAUAGUGGUUCAUUAUGGUUACCCGAAUGAGAUAAUCUCGGGGGAAUGGUUUUUCUAAUCAACUCCAGUAGCCCUCCAAACCGAUAAAUCCAUUCAGGACGAAGGCCGACAAGUUCUUUUUCCCAAAUAAUUCUGUAUCAGGAAUGACAUUUAAAUAAAAGAA